UGGGGGUUUAGGGUUUCGAGGAGCCCGCCAUGGCCGGCGAGAGCGAGAUGGAAACCCUAGGCUCCCGCAAGCGGAAACUGGUGGCGGUGGAGGGCGAGGAAGAGGACGAAAGGGAGAUCCAGAAGCUGAAGAGCAAGGUGAGCGAUUUGGCACGCAGGAUCCUCGAUGCACGGAAGGACAACCUAGAUCGUGUUCUCGAAGUCCUUUCCUCCGAACUGCUCGCCAAGAGGCCGGCCCUUCCGCCAGGAGCCCUAAUCGUGCCAGAUGCUGUUGAAACUGGAACACAAGCACCAUCAUCUGAGCCAGAUGAAGGAGGCUCACUUGCUGAUCAGACAAUACUUGAUAGAUUGUUUCUUUUGCGAGAAAAGACCAAAAGCAUAAUUUCUGCAACCCCAGUUAUUCUGAAAAGAGCAAACGACUGUGUUUCCAGAAUUGAAAAAUUGGAAAACUGUGAUGUAAAAGUACCUUCAGUUUUUAAUAAGAGAUGAUGAAACAAUGACUGCCUUCUUAUUUAUCACUUACGAUGUGUUCUUGUUCUGGUGGUGAGACGGCAUAGAAUCACAUUCUAGUACUCGUUGGAUA